AAGGAUCAUCACUCCUCAAAGUCCCUUGUAUAGAGGUGUCGAAUUCCCGCCAAAAAAUCUGCGUCAGCUUUGCAAUUGUUCCUGGGUACACAGCUAUGGGCGUCGACGGCUUCCUGCGGCAGCUCAGCGAUGCUGUCGACAGGACGCAUCUGCAGCAGUUCGCGGGCCAGACUCUCGUGGUGGACGCACUCUCCUGGCUGCACAAGGCGUACGUUGCAACAGCGCCACCUGACCACCUCAGUCAUUAACCAUUGCGAUCGUCCUGCAGUUGCUAUGGCUGUGCUUACGAGCUCUCGACUGGUAGGGACACGGACAAGUACGUCCAGUAUAUGCUGCGCAAAGUGGACAUGAUGCGCAACUGUGGCGUUGCCAAAGUCAUCCUCGUGUUCGACGGUCAGCGGCUGCCACUUAAGGUGUAGAUUGCCAGAGCAACUAGUGUGGUGGAGCAAAAAAUUAAUUGCUGUUGCAGUCGUUGACACAGGAGAAGAGACAAAGCUACAAGGAGGAAAACCGCAAGCGCGCACUGCAAGCUAUGGCUGCGUCCAAGAGACUGCAAGGAAAUGAGCGCCAGGAUGAAAUGAACAAAGCCUACCAGCUCUUCCAGAGGUCGGUCGCAAUCACCACGGAGAUUAUUGCCAAUGUCAUGAACGCGUUGAGAGCUGCACGAAUCCCGUUUGUAGUGGCGCCAUUCGAGGCCGAUGCACAGAUGGCGUGGAUGUGCAAGAAAGGUUUGGCUGCAGGCAUCGUGACGGAAGAUUCGGAUGUGGUUGUGUACUGCUUAACUGCCAACGUUUCCAGUCCCGUGCUCGUCAAGUUAGAAGAUAACGGUUCUGCUCAGGCUGUAUCCCGGACUAUUCUUCAUAACAACUCAGCAAAGGCUUCUUCAAGCGCCUUGUUGAGAAAGAUCCAUUUUCUUACAUCAGGAGAGAAAGAAGCCACGCGGAUGUUCGUCCAAGUGUGCGUUCUAGCUGGCUGCGACUUCAUCGAUUCGCUCCCGAACGUUGGAUUUGCCACGGCUGUAAAGCACAUCUUUAACUUCCGAGGGGCACCCGCUCACUUGCGCGUUCAGCGGCUGGUGAGCAAACUCUCAAGCUCCGGCACCAAAGUCCCAAGUGAUUUCAUGCAGCAGUUCUUGAAGGCGGAGACCAUUUUCUACCACCACAUCGUCUUCAAUCCAAAGAAACAAAGCUGCGAAUUCCUCACCGACGACAAGCAUGACAACUGCUUUCCUGACAUUCUUCAGCGCGCGAAGGAAUCGCUGGGUAUCACAUCAGAGGACGGAGUAGAUCUCACAUCCAUAGCGCAACAGAAAGAUCUGCACGCUGUUGCGACCUCAACCAAGAGCUUCCUCGGUCAAGUCCGCUCGCGUGAGAUCGUCGAGCAAAUAUACAAAGGCCAAGUAUGUGCGCGAUCGCUUCGCAGUCUUUCAGAGAGCCCGACAAGCUCACCGAACUGGCAAUCUGACGCGGUUCAAGUCGAACGAAGAGCAUUCGAUGCAUCGCAACACCCUGGAGAACCAUCGAGUAAUGCGGAGCAUGGUUUUCGCACAACGGUAACACACCGAGAGGUGAGCAAGCCAGAAGUGGUGGCUCAACAACUUGAGAACAAGAAGCGCUUGCAGGCACAGGAACGCGCAGCAUCCAUUCGAGGACUAGUGAGUGCCUACAAAGCCACUCCAGCAUCAACAAUUUCUGCCUCCCAGUGGCUGACGUCUGCAACUCGGACACGAAUGACAGACUCGAAACAAGACGAGGCCGGAUCAACUCCUGCUCCUUCAACUCGUAUACUGUCAAGUACAGCAACAGUAGUGACGUCGAAGGUCACUGCGACAUCGAUGAAAGAUCUCGUCGCAAAGCACUCGCAGUCCUCUCACGCGUCAAAGUCUCCUGAAGGUCAAGCACCCAGUGCGAAAAUCAUACCGCAAACGCAGCUCAACCCCAAGUCUAAAAAGAGGCCACGUCCAGCAGUGAAACCUGUCGCUAACAGUGCUAGGAAAGCCCAAGCACUCGCUCACAAGGCGGCACCUGGCGCUGGCAAGAAAACUUUAUUCGACUUCUUCCAGAAACAAACCUGAAAAUAAUUGUUGAUCACUGAAAUGCACACAAGUACACACGCUUCGUGUUGUCUUCUGCUCUCGACUCACGUGUUUUGCUGACCUAGAUACGGGCCCCAGUGUCGAAUCCGUUCUCCACCUGGAGAUGUU